GCCUGACAAAAAGUGAUUCAUAACAAAUUCUUUUGCAAAUAUUUAGGUAAUUUGAUAAAAAAAUCAAAACUAAAAUUUAUUUAAUCGAUUUAAGAGAUUCAAAGAUCUUUAUAGUGCAACGAAAUCAUGGAGUGGUUAUUUGGUAAAAAGAUGACACCUGACGAAAUGCUCCGAAAGAAUCAACGAGCUUUAAACAAAGCGAUGAGAGAUCUCGAUCGAGAACGAAUGAAAAUGGAGCAACAAGAAAAGAAAGUUAUUGCAGACAUUAAGAAAUUAGCGAAAGACAAUCAAAUGGAUGCAGUUAAAAUUAUGGCUAAGGAUUUAGUGCGAACAAGACGUCAAAGCAGAAAGUUUAUGUUAAUGAAAGCGAACAUUCAAGCUGUAUCACUUAAGAUUCAAACUUUAAAAUCCCAAAACACAAUGGCCCAAGCUAUGAAGGGAGUUAGCCGUGCUAUGAUGAAUAUGAAUCGUCAAAUGAACAUGCCUCAAAUACAACAAAUACUUCACGAAUUUGAAAAACAAUCGGAAAUAAUGGACAUGAAGGAAGAAAUGAUUAACGAUGCUAUCGAUGAUGCAAUGGAAGAUGAAGGUGAUGAAGAGGAAAGCGAUGCUGUAGUCUCUCAAGUUCUUGAUGAAUUGGGUUUGCAAUUAACCGACCAACUUUCUGGACUUCCACAGGCAUCCGGUUCAUUGGCAGUUUCUGGAGUUAAGCAACCUCAAGCUGCAGCUGUAGGAGCUGGUGGGGCUGGUGGCUCGGGUGGAGCUGCAGCAGCAACUCCUACAUCAGAUGCCGAUGAUGAAUUACAAAAGCGCCUUGAUAAUUUACGUCGAGAAUAAAUAUUUAUUUAUUAUUUUUUCCACAAUUCUUUAAUCUACAAUUAACUUUUUUUUAAAUAAUGAAGGACAUAAUGUUCAAGUUUAUUCUGCUUCAAAGCUGUUACAAGAACUUCCUUAGGUGAAGCUGAUGAAUCAACAAAUAAUUUAAAAAUCACUAAUAAAAAAUUUAUUUUAGCAUUAAUGAUGUUGAAAAGUUUUUUUCCUUACUCGUUCAAGAAAUCGUAAAAAACGAAAAAGGAUUACAAUUUACUUCUAGCUCCUUUAGGAAUCACGUUAAUAAAGCUUUUUGCCAUUGGAUAAAGCUGCUUCGAUGAUUUAAAUCCUGUAAGAUCAGAAAUCUUUUGUUUCGUUGCUGUUAAAGGCUUUGCCUGUUCUUUUAUGUCGGCUGUUUCGACAUUACUUGGAUCUGAUAAAAUGUGAAUUGAAAGUGUUUGUCGCGAAGCUGCAUCGGGUACGAUGAAUAACUUAUAAUAUUCUAAAACUUGUUCCUUCGUAAUCGAACUCAUAAUUUCAACCUCUUUCUCUGACCUAUCGAAGUGAUAUUGUUGUAAUGAAAUUUCAUUCAUG